GGCGGAGACGAGCGGAUGACUGCCGCUAAGCGCCAUGCUUCGUUUUGGCAAGAGGGGAGGGUCCGCACGGCGUCCUCACGCAACACGACUUCCGGCUCAAGUCACGUGGGCGGCGAUCCCUCGUGGCGGGGGCGUGGCUACGGGGGACACCCAGCAGCGGCUGUAAACAUAGGGAUGGUGGCGGCGCACGCGCGGCUCUGGGGGGCGGAGCGCGGCGGGCAGGCGAAGCCCCGCUCCCCCGACGUGAAACUCCGCCUCUCCGCUCGUAAGCCGCGCCUUGGGGACUCCAGGUCGUGCUGUAGCGGCCGUGGGGCGGGGCUGUCGCUUCCUCCCUGGCGGGGCCGAGGCCGGGGCACGGCCCAGGCGAGCCGCCCGCGGGGUGCACCCGUCGCCCGCAGUAUGCACGGCGCCGCUAUCCCCGAGGACGUCCGCGGCCUCCUGGCAGAUGUCGACACGUUUAUUUCCCAAACCCUAAAAGGAGAAAAUUUGUCCAAGAAAGCAAAAGAAAAAAAAGAUACUCUUCUUAAGAAGAUAAAAGAUGUUAAGGCAAGUUACCCUCAGGAAUUCCAGGACAAAGAAUUAGAAGAUGAGGAAGAGUCAGAGAGCUCCUUUUCUUCACCUCCUGACAGUGCCUCAAUAGCAUCUGACCGAUAUGAUAAAGAGGAUGAACCACAUUCUGAUGGGAAUCAGUUUCCUCCUAUUGCAGCUCAAGAUCUUCAGUUUGUUCUGAAGGCUGGAUAUCUGGAAAAACGCAGAAAAGACCACAGUUUUCUUGGCUUUGAAUGGCAGAAGCGUUGGUGUGCUAUCAGUAAGACGGUUUUCUACUAUUAUGGAAGCGACAAAGACAAACAACAGAAAGGUGAAUUUGCCUUAGAGGGCUACACCAUCAGAAUGAAUAAUAGCCUUCGGAAGGAUGCAAAGAAAGAUUGCUGUUUUGAAAUAUCCGCUCCUGAUAAGCGCAUUUAUCAGUUUACAGCUGCCACUCCCAAAGAAGCAGAGGAAUGGGUACAGCAAGUGAAAUUUGUAAUUCAAGAUAUGGAAUCUAAUACUAUUCCUGAGGAAGAGGAGGAAUAUGAUGACGUUGGACAUGCAAGCAGUGAGCCAAUAGAUGACAGCAUUUAUGAAGAACUUCCAGAAGAAAAUGCUCCUCCAAAGACUGAAGUACCGAGGAAAUGGAGCCAGGAGAAAGUAGCCACUGCUUCAGAUGGCAAAAAUACCGAUUAUGCCAAUUUCUAUCAGGGUCUGUGGGACUGCACCGGAGAUGUACCUGAUGAGCUGACAUUUAAGCGUGGUGAUGUUAUCUACAUUCUCAGCAAGGAGUACAAUAGAUUUGGCUGGUGGGUAGGAGAAAUGAAGGGAACCGUUGGCUUGGUGCCUAAAGCCUACAUAAUGGAGAUGUAUGAUAUUUGAGAGGCCUGGGAGAAAUCUGCGCUUGAAAUCAGGAGUGGUGUGCAGCUGCAGUUUACAGACCUGACCUCUGAAAGAUGAAGAUUCUGCUGUACACAUUUUGUGGUUUCAGUGAAUGUAGUCAGAUUGUAGCCUUGUAUAUAUUAAACAUUAAAAACUGUAAUUGAUCACAAUUCUGCGGAAAUGUUCUUAGGCACUUUUUAUAGAAUUGUAAUGCUCGGAAAUGAAAUAGAUGGUAAUUAACAUAUGGGGCACAAGCAGUCACACAGUGCCUGUUGCUCUGAAGUGUAUUAGCAGCACUGUAUUGCUAUAGGUUUGUGUUCUAACCCACGCAGUUUGGCUCUGUGUUCCCGUUACUCAGAUUUAGAAAAAUUAAGCUGAACUUUGAAAGUAGAAAGUUCACGAAUACAUUAAUUCAUGGAGUAGUUCACUGUACAUUUUUUGCGGUUUCUUUGAAAAUCAAAGGAAAUUUCUAUGUAAUAUUGUAAGUCUUAAAAUUGUUUCGCUUCCAAAUAUGUUUUUUUGUUUACUUUUGAUAUACAUUUCAACCAAUGAUUUAUUUUUCUUAUAUAUUUAGCAUUGUUAAUAUGAACCACUUCGGUUACUACAAAAUGAAGGCUUGGUUCUUGCGCUAAUGUAAAUCAGUCUGUGUGGGGUAAUGCUGCGUGGGUAGCAUUCUGACUUGCAGGUAUGAAUUAUGUGAACAUUUGGCGAAGAUAAUGUAUUAAAACACUUUCUGGUAAGCCAGCGUGAGCUAAAUUGCGGGUGAGAAUGAUUUUGUAGGUGAUGAUGGUGAAUUACUUUUAAAAUCUGAACUUGUAAAAGGCUGCCUGCAGUCUUAAUGUCACAUCCAGAACUUUGUAGCUAAGAGCAUCAGCUGAAACAUUUAAAACAAGCAAACAAACACAAAACCCCGCUAAAAUGCUCUCACUUGUGGACAUGCAGUUGGCCACAUCAGAGUUAACACUUGUUUGGGAGACUUGUGUUGCUGUUAGCAUGCAGGAUCCUCUCUUCUGGAUCCUCCCACCCAGUAAUGUGUGAGGGCCGGGUGGGCGGCCUGUGUGCACUGAGCCUGGGCAGACCUUGCACUGCU